UAGCGUGCCGGCGCCUCGAGCGUCGAGGUCAACAGCGACGGCGCUAUAGUGGACGCGUGCCAACCACUUACGCUCUUGCGGAAAGCGCUUUGUCGCAGCAUUCGCCGUGAAACCGGCUGCAACGCUGACGCCCCCUCUGCUUCGACAAUGGCGGCGGAAGUGUUCCGGACCAUUGAAGGCAUAUUUCUAGGCAAACACUUUCCGGACGAUGCGGUACGGUCAACCCUUGCGUACAAGCCACGACCUGGAGACUUGUUCAUCGUGAGCUACCCUAAAUGCGGUACUACGUGGACACAACAUAUCGUUUACAACAUUCUUACGGACGCCCACGAACCGAAAGAUGAUCUCGAGUUGCUGCUGCGUCUUCCUUUCUUGGAAAUGCAAGGAGGGGAAGCCGCUGUCUAUGCACCAAGACCGGCUGCCUUCAAGACCCACUUACCUUUUGACAAGAACCCCUACUCUCCCGAAGCGAAGUACAUCUACAUUACGAGGAAUCCUUACGACUGUUGUGUGUCCUUCUACUAUCACACGCGAAACAUGCCACCUUACCUUUUCGAGCACGGUACGUUCGACGAAUUCUUCGAGUUAUUUCUUCAAGGGCGAGUCGACUUCGGAGACUACUUCGAGAACGUUCUCUCCUGGUACGCACACCGCAAUGACCCCAACGUGCUGUUCUUGACUUACGAAGAGCUCAAACGAGACAUCGGGUCUGGAGUACUGAAAAUCGCGGCUUUCAUUGGUGAAGAAAAUUAUAGUAAGAUUAAACAAAACCCAGAACUUCACCGCAACAUUCUUGAGAGGUGUAGUCUGCAACACAUGAAAAAAGAACUCAACGAUGGGCCUGAGGCACUGGAAUCGGAAUUGAAAGAUUUACCUCAGCUCAAAACACUGAGGCCGGAACUCCUCAAAGGGGUUAAAAAUGUUCUCGAAUUUACAAAGAAACCAAUGACGGGUGAAUUCAUCAGGAAGGGGCAGGUGGGAGACUGGAAAAACCAUUUCUCGUCUGAACAGAUUCGACGAAUGAAGGAGAAGAUUAUCGAGGCUACGAAAGGAUCGGACCUGAUGAGCUUGUGGAAAGACGUGGACAUUCCCCGUAUUGUCCCCAAUUAAGAAGACUGCAGAUACUGCACAAGGAACCGUCGAGUGCAGAACUGCAGGAAUAACUUUUUAUUCGGACUUUUGUUGGCCACAAGUGUUGUCAGAGGUACGAGUGCAGUGCGCAACAUGUAUGUCAUAACGUUUCUCCCAACAAAAGACGCUCUUAUAUUUUGGUGCAUGUAGAAAUGACAGGCCCGUAAGAUAAAAAAACGCAGUUUAACAAACAAUGCUAGAUGAAAACACUUUUUGUUUAUAUAAGAAAAAAAAUACACGGGAUAAUCUAUACUAACCAAAAGAGAUUGUUUAAAUAUGUUUACGUACGCGAGAAUGGUGUCUUCCCUUCAGCGCUGUGCUCACAAGAUGGGCGACUAGCAUUUGCGAUGUAUUUGUUAACUUAUGAAAUUUGACAAGUUGACUUUUCAUUUACGGAUUUAAGCGCCUAUGUUGCAAUGUCUAAUACAGGAGGGCAUCGCGUGAGGAAAAUAAAUUACGGCAUCUUAAAAACGCUUUUGUUGGUACAUUAACAAAAACAUUCUUCAGCUUCAUUUUACUAAUCAGGCCGCACGAUGAGGGCCAGAAGCAAUCCAAAUGUAAUGAUUUCCGCUUCGUUUGGUUUCUUUCUAGCAAAGGGUUCAGCGUCUCUGCCCUAUUCUUAUUUCACAAAGCUGAUAUUUUGGUCCCCGACCGACGCGUACGGACCAAGCGCGCUACGAUGCAUUUGAUAACUUUGCAGUCCGUUGCAGUAGGCUGCUCGGCGUCACAAAAGCGUCGAGAAUGACACACAUGGGCGGUGCGUCCGAGGCGCUGUUUGAGCGCUGGUUUGGGAAUCUGAGCAAAAAAGCAGGCUAACAUUUCUCUACGAUUAACACAACAGUGGCUGUAGCUUUUAAUUCGUGCAAAUGCUUCAGUCUCGUUCGGUCAUCGUGGUUAUCGUCAUCAUCAUCAUCAUGUUAUUUUUUUAAUAUACACUACAGGAGGAAGGCCUCUCCCUGCAAUCUCCUAUCGCCCUAGUCUUGCGCUAGCUGAUUUCAACUUGCGCCUGGAAAUUUCACCAUGUGAUUAACCCACCUGAUUUUCUGCAGUCAUCGCCUGACCUUCCUUUCCCUUUGCCCCCAUUCUCUAACUGUAAUGACCCACCGCUGUUCUAGCUACGCAUGGCCUGCGCAGCUCCACUUUUUCUCUGAAUUUCAACUAGAAUAUCAGCAAUCCCCAUUUCCUCUCUUAUACUCAACGCUCUCUUCCUAGCGUCUAACGUUACACCUAACAUUUUUCGUUCCAUCGCUCUCUGCGUGGUUCUUAACUUGUUCUCGAGCACCUUUGUUUGCCUGCAAGUUUCUACCCCAUUGUUUGCAACGGGAGAAUGCAAUUGCGUGCAUUUCUAUUCAGGGACAGUGGUACGCUCCAAGUCAGGAUUUGGUAAGGCCUGCCGUAUGCACUCCAAUUUUUUUAUUUUUCUGGAAAAUUUGCGGUGCAUGGUCAGGGUCUCCUUGAGUAAUUGACCCACAUAAGCAUACUCCGGCGCAGCCUCUAGUGGCUGAGCGGCGGUCAUGAAUACUUGCUCCCUAUCCACGCUAUAAAGCGUGGAUAGGGAGCAGUUACCUUUGUCUUGUGCAUAUUAAUCUUCAACCCCACUGUUAUACUUUCUUCGUUAAGAUCCUUAUUCAUCUGUUGUAAUUCGUCCGCAACGUUGCUGGACAGGACAAUAUCUGCAAACUGAAGAUUGCUGAGAUAUUCGCCGUUCUUCCUCACUCCUAAGUCUUCUAAGUCUAAUAGCUUGAAUAUGUCUUCUAAGCAUGCAUUGAACUGUAUUAGAGAUAUUGUGUCUCCUUGCCAGACCCCAUUCUUGAUAGGUAAUUUUCAAUUUUCUUUUGGAAAACCAACGUAGGUGUGGAAUCACUAUUUCCCAAGAUAUUCAUGUAUGCCUGCUGUACUACUUGUUUACGCACUGCCUCUAUGGUGGUAUCUCUUCUGAAUCAAAUGCCUUUUCAUAAAAUAUGAAAAUCAAAUAGGGAGGUUGAUUGUACUUCACAGAUUUCUCAAUUACCGGAUUGGUGACAUGGACUUAUACCGUUGUACAAUAUCCUUUCCUGAGGACAGCCUGUUAUCUUGGUUGAUUGAAGUGUUGCCUUUCUCCUACUGAAAAUGAUCUUGGUGAUUAUUUUCUAGAAUACUAAAAGCAAGCUAAUGGGCCUAUAACUAUUCAAUUCUUUUGCGUCUCCGUUCUUAUGCAUUAUUAUAAGCUUGGCAUUCUUCGAGGUCUCUGGUGCACUUGAUGUAGCGAGGCAUUGCGCAUAAAAGGCUGCAAGCUUUUGAGGCUUCAGAUUGCUUACAUCAUUGACUAAAUCGACUGUUUUGCAUCUUCUCG